AAGAAAUGGGAGACUGGAGCUUCCUGGGGAGACUGUUGGAGAAUGCACAGGAGCACUCCACGGUCAUUGGCAAGGUCUGGCUGACAGUGCUGUUCAUCUUCCGAAUCCUGGUGCUAGGAGCUGCUGUGGAAGAGGUGUGGGGAGAUGAGCAGUCAGACUUCACCUGCAACACCCAGCAGCCGGGUUGUGAGAACGUGUGCUACGAUAAAGCCUUCCCCAUCUCCCACACCCGCUUCUGGGUGCUACAGAUCAUCUUCGUGUCCACACCCACCCUCAUCUACCUGGGGCAUGUGCUGCACAUCAUGCGUAUGGAAGAGAAGAAGAAAGGGAGGGAGGAAGAGAAGCUGAAGGGAGGCAGCCUACACCUCAGACCCGAUGGGCAGUGUGGGCCUAGGAACCACAGCCAGAAGGACAAAUUCAUUCUGCGGGACGACCAGGGCAAGGUCCGAAUUGCUGGGGCCCUGCUCCGGACCUACAUAUUCAAUAUCAUCUUUAAGACACUGUUUGAAGUAGGCUUUAUCGCUGGGCAGUACUUUCUGUAUGGCUUUGAGCUAAAGCCGCUCUACCACUGUGACCGGUGGCCCUGCCCCAACAUGGUGGACUGCUUCAUCUCCAGGCCCACAGAGAAGACCGUCUUCAUCAUCUUCAUGCUGGUCGUGGCCUGCCUGUCCCUCUUACUCAACGUGCUAGAGAUAUACCACCUGGGCUGGAAGAAGCUUAAACAGGGCAUGACCAACCACUAUGGCCCAGACACCGCUGAAUCCAGGGUGGGGGCAGCAAUAUCUGGGGAUGUGAUCCCACUCCCCUCCCACUAGGCCACAGACACUGGUACUUGGGGUGCCCUUCUACUACACGCUCUCUGUCUCUUCCCUGGGAUGGGCAACAAUCAUCAUUAUUCCAGGGCCCCUCCACCAGCAACAGACUUCAACAUGGCAGCGCUUUCCCAAACACAGGGGAAGGGCCACCCUGACAAAUUCUACAAUAGUAACCACCACCUGAUCAUGACAGAGCAGAAUGGGGCCAACCAGGAGCCUGGGCAGCAGAUUCUGUGAGGAAGGUCUCCCCACCUGUGUCUGCAUCUUCCUCCUUUACCCCUCCAGGCAGCCCCUGCCAACCCCUCAGGAGGG